AUGUCUGCCACCACGGAAAUAAAGAGAUGGGGCAAGGUCGAUUUGGAUGCAUUCCUUGGCAGCCUGCCCAAGGAGGUGGACACGUCAACGCAGUACCCCGGCUCAUGCCUCUGCGGCGGGGUCCGGUUCUACCUCGCAGGCGAGCCCCUCAAGAAGGUGUAUUGCUACUGUGAUCAUUGCCGCAAGAAUUCGGGCGGAACAGGCCAGCAGUACGUCAUCUACCAGACAGAGAACAUGACGAUCGACGACCCAAAGGGCUACAAGACGGUAUUCACAAUCCCGGGCGACACCGUGACGCUCUUCCCGAAGGAAAAGUACUUCUGCAGUCAGUGCGCUUGCACUCUCAUCGUGAUGCCUCUCAUGCUGGAGCGGAAGCUUGCCUUCAUUCCGACGGGUCUGAUGAAUCACGGCCUGGAUUACUUCAAGCCUGACUUUGAGUACUUCGCGGAUAAGCGUCCGGCGUUUUUGGCGCCGAUUCCUGGCGCUGGGUCGUACAAGGUGCAGGCGGGAGAGCAUGUACCUUUGGACGAUACGGCGGUGCCUCCGUCCCAAUAG